AUGGAUGCAGAGGACGACCGCGAUGCGCUUUUAUUUGACCUACAAAGCAGCCAGCACUCCUUAAUUUCGAAUGCUGGCCCCUCAGAGUGGCGCAACGUGGUACCUGCUAAUGCUCGCCUAUUUCCCGAACAAGGGCCCCCUACCCCUGUCCCUGCGGCCUAUCAGAGUUCAUUGACUGAUGAUGCGGCAACUAAGAGUGGAGCGCUUCCACAGCGACCCCCUGAGAAUCUCCUUGCCCAUUCUCGACGACUUGUUACUCUGUUUGCUCCUGUGGAUGUGACCCCUCCUAGAAAAAACACCUUGCCUGGUCACACCGCACUUACCCCCUUUCUUGCAGCGUCCGAGCAGCGAACGCCGUCUCACCUCACCUCAAAGCCGCUUUUCAUGCGCCAUUUGCCAUCCCUAGGCUCCUUGGUUGGUGGAAUGCCAUCGAGUCUUCCUGGGAAUGCUACCUUGGCUGCCUCUACCCAGCGUGUAAUCCUUAGGACCAAGGCCUCUCGCGAGCCUUGCCCUACAGAGAGGGUGCAGCCGCCUCUGUUGGGGAACCUGAAUAACACUGCAGCACCAGCCCACCAGCCUUCCUUCCUGGCAUCCUCGCCAUUUGCUCCUUGCGGUGCUGAUAAUAAGCCAGAAGAACUCGGAAACAGCUUGAAAGCUGUAGAGGGGCAUCUUAAGAGCAGCGGUAUGGGAGACUCCGCGGCCCACAAAUUCGUGGUACAAGAAUUGCAGGAAAUAAACCGGAUGAUCCAUGAGCGAGCUCUUCACCUCGGACAGCAAGAAGCAGAGGCUGCCGUUGCAGCAUCGAGAGCGCUUACUGCCUUGCGUCAGCAUGCGCAGCACUUGCUAAACGAAGCUGCCGAAAAACUCGAGAGAGUGGCGGUACAGCAACGCAAGCGAGCAGAGGCGGCUGCUGACGAGGCCGCUGCCAUCCUUCGAAGGGCCAUGGAAGCUCAGUGCACGCUGCGCCACGAGAGGAGCCUCCUAGAACAGAAGCAGAGGCAGAGGUGCCAGGACCAACAACUGAAGCUGACUACCCUAACGGAGGCCUUAGAGGCUGAGCGACGCCGUUGCGUCGAGCUAGAAGUACGGCUGGAGACGGUGCAGCAGGAAAACAGGCAACUUCGAGCGUUACUGCAUGCGCAUCUGUCUUCAGCUCACCGGACUGACAGUAGUUCACAGCUGGCCCCCGCAGGUGCCGUCUCAGCGCGAAUGAGACAUUCAGUGGCUUGCCGCCGCUCAGCCACUGCGCUUCAUACCGCGCGAAGUUGCCCGUUGCGGGCAGCUUCGUUUUCAGGGCUAGUAGCGCCUGCGGCUCCUGCAAAAACUUUUUCAGCUAGGGGAGGCUGUGUGGCAGGUGCUACGGGAUGGCCAGCAAGCUCCCAGCCUCAGAGAAAUCAUUUGGCAGAACAAGGCCUACGACGAGCAAUUUUAGACGUGGAGGUGAGCCUGCCGCGCGUUUCCGUAGCAGAGGCGACCCUGCAGUCGCCUGCCAAAGAGGCGCCCGCUCAUGAAGAGGCCAAGCCUACCCCUCCUGGCGAAGGAGGACGCUGCCAAACGCAGGCUCCAGCGCAUCAGGACUCUAUUCGCAGAGACCGUUCGGCAGCCCCCACGAGUGAGUCAUGCAGCUCAAAGGCUUGCCAAGCCUCUUGUGGGGUUAGACACCACAAGCGAAGCAACAGAUCAGUCAGACGCAACGUUUAUGAAACGGAUUCCUCGACAGACAGCAGCAGUAACAGCAGCAUGGAGGAACGGAGGCGUGACAAUCGUGGGAGAUGGGGCCAGCGAAGAAGAGGGCAUUCCUGUCGCUCUCUUUCCCGAGGCUCCGUUAGUACGAGCACUAGUAACAGCAGCGAAGUGUUGCAGCGCCAGGUAAACAGGCAUCAGUGCCAACGCCGCAGUAGCCGGCGAGCCAGCAGCGCCCGACCACAACACAUUUCGUUUUCCGUUCCAGAGCUGGACAUCAAGCGCCCUACUCUGUGUAAGGUUGACUCAUCCUCAGCCGGUGCGACGCCAAAACAUGGCUCCAGAGGAGCAAACAAGCUUACUCUCAGAAAAGAUGUUGCUGGACGGUUACAAGCGUCACUGACGCGGCUGCAGGAGAGACAGGCGCUCCAAGGCAAGAUACAAAAUCUUGCAAAACAGCUCCUACACCCUUCUCGUGGAGCAGCCAUGUCUUAG